AUUUUGAACCGUAUCAAUCUACUCAUGACAUCUGCUACAACCAUUGCACAGGUUUCUAACCAAACUCUUACGCUAACAGUGGAAGAUGGCAAUAUUUAUGUUCUUGCUAUGCAUAACAAGGAGAACCGAUUUGACAUUCCGUUUAUGACUGCAAUUGAUGCCGUGUUGGAUUAUAUUAUUGCAACCCAUCCUGAUAAAGAGCCAGGAGCACUUGUUACUUACUCGAUGCAUGAUAAGAUAUACAGUAAUGGGUUGAGACUGGACAUUGCUAUGAAGGUUGGAUAUCAAUAUUUUUACCAGUAUGAGCGUUUGCUGAAUAAGCUGCUCACAUUUAAACUCCCGACUGUCGCUGCUAUUACUGGACAUGCAUUUGCUGGAGGAUUGAUGUUUGCGUUGGCGCAUGAUUACCGAGUGAUGAGAUCUGAUCGUGGAUUUCUAUGUAUGAACGAAGUGGAUAUGCCAGGUCCGCUCUCUCCUGGCAUGACAUCCAUCAUUGCUACAAAAGUUCCCAAUGCAGUUACAUUAAGAAACAUUCUUCUUCAAGCCCAUCGAUUUUCUGCAGACGAUGCUUUAAAGAAUCAGAUGGUGGAUCUGGUAGCUCCAUCCUCACGGGAGACAGUCGCAGUUGCAAAAGAUCUUGCUCGGAAAUGGAGUUCCAAAGCACUUGCUGGCGAUGUGUAUACAUAUCUAAAGACUCAAAUGUAUAUUACAACCUCGACACACUUGCAGUCAGAGAAGCUUGGGUUUAUUGAAGGGUUUGGUUCACCCAAGUCGAAACUGUAAGACACUAAAAUGACAUUCUGAGCUAGAAUGCAGCUUAUCGACAGUUAUGGUUUUAUUCUCAAUAUUUCAAGAAUAAAUUAAAAAUAGGGUUUGAAAUGACCACUUC